AGUAGCCCAUUGUGUGCAUCUCAUCAUGCAAAUUAGGCAUGGGUUUUCUCUUCCUUUCUUCUCCUUUCUCCCUGCUAUUGUCAGGAAUAGUAGCUCCAAGAGUGAUACGUUUUAUCCAGCCAGACAUGGAAGCUUUAGCCAAGCUCAACCAAACCUCUACAAUCCUUUUAUAGAGGACGCCUACCUCAGACAUUACCUCUCCUACAAACUACCAAACGAGGUACGGAAUGACGUUUUUAGAGACUUAGAAUCAUUUGGUGCACGAGUUUCCAGUGAAAUCACCAUUUUGGGACGGGAGGCUGAGAUAAACCCACCCACUUUGCAUCAGUAUGAUGGCUGGGGUAUUCGUAUUGAUAAAUUAGCUACCUCAGAGGCUUGGAGAAAACUACAUGAUAUAUCAGCAGAAGAAGGUCUUGUUGCCAUUGGAUAUGAUAGAAAGCACUCAGAAUGGAGUCGACUCCACCAGUUCAGCAAGUUAUUCUUGUUCUCUCCUUCAUCUGGUCUCUACUCUUGUCCUCUUGCUAUGACUGAUGGAGCAGCUAGACUAAUUGAAGUUAUGAAGUUAAAAGAUGCCAUGGCUCCUACUUAUAAUAGACUCACUUCAAGGGAUCCUAGCAGCUUCUGGACAUCAGGACAAUGGAUGACAGAGAAAGGUGGUGGAUCUGAUGUUGCUAGAGGGACUGCUUCUUAUGCCCUCCUGGAAAAUGGUGACAGGUAUCGCCUACAUGGUUAUAAGUGGUUCAGUUCAGCCACUGAUGCUGAUAUGGCAUUUACAUUAGCUCGUGUACAAGACGAAUCUGGUCAAGUGACUGAUGGCACUGAAGGCAUCUCAUUAUUUUAUGUUGAAACAAGAGACAAUCAUGGAUCGAUGAAUAACAUUAGAAUAGAGAGAUUAAAGAACAAGCUAGGGACCCGUCAGUUACCAACAGCUGAAUUGCUAUUAGAUGGAACAUUGGCUCAACUGAUUGGAGAGAAAGGGCGUGGGAUAUCACUUAUAUCACCAAUGCUCCUUAUAACUCGCUUGCAUAACACAAUAUCAGCAGUAGCUAGUAUGAGACGCAUGCUUCUCCUGUCAAGAGAUUAUGCUACUAAGAGAAGAGCGUUUGGAAAGUUUUUGGUUGAGCACUCCUUACACAUGAGGACACUGGCUGAACUAGAGUUAGAGACAAGAGGGUGUAUGGUACUUGCUCUUGAGCUAACAGCACUACUGGGUAGAGAGGAGUGUGGUCAAGCAACUAAAGAAGAGAUACAUCUCCUCAGACUCUUCACUCCAGUAGCUAAACUUUACACUGCUAAAAAGGCAAUGAGUGUGAUGUCUGAAGGAUUGGAGAGCUUUGGUGGUCAAGGAUAUAUUGAAGACAAUGGACUGCCUACAUUAUUCAGAGAUGCUCAGGUAUUACCAAUUUGGGAGGGAACCACUAACAUUAUGAGUCUUGAUGUCCUACGAGCUUUACAGAAAUCUAAUGGAGAAGUAUUGGAGGCUCUUGUGUCUAAAGUGGAUCGUGUCACUUGUAAUCAGGAGAAGCUUCAGUUUUUGGGAUUAGAAGCUGAGGCUGAACUCAUUAAGAACUGGACCCAAUCAGUGACACAGUUUUCUGAAGAGGGUGGAAAUGUUAUAGUGACAGCUGCAAGGGAUUUUGCUAUAUCUCUAGGACAAGUAUACACUGGUACUUUAUUGCUGGAAAAAGCUUGUCACAGUUCGGCUAACAUUUUAGACUUUGCUACUCUCAAGAGAUGGUGCAAGAAAAGUAUUCCACUGAGAAGAAUAGAGCAGUAUGAUGAUAACUCGUGCAGUUUAGACACCCAUUUAGUAAUGGAUGGACAUCGGUCAACAUUAAUUAGAUAA